AUGGGAUUUUUGUGGAGCAAAGAUAAGCAGCUGGGUUUGGUCCACGAUUCGGAUGGCGUUUUGCUUCCAGCGCUGUUGGGCAAAAAUCCAUAUGCCCCAAUGAGCGUAUUUGUCGUUGAUACUGGCAUCAGCCGUCUGAGCCGCUUUCAGGUCAAAUACCUCUCGGAUAUGACGGCAAGCAAAGUGAAUGCAGUUGCAAACAGCGGCUAUGUAAGAAAAUUUGGAGAAGAAAAAUGUUAUGCAGUGAGCUUAGUAGCAUCAGUUGUGCAGAGAGAAAAGUUGGUGACAUGGGUGAUGCGUACGGUAUGCGUUUAUAUAUUCUUUUUAAUGUAUCCAUCAUCCAAUAUUUUUAAUGUAUAUCACAGUAUUCCAACUAUGGUAGGCAAUAGCAUUGCGAGUGAGAUUCGUAACGUAAUUGAAGCGUUUUGUAAAAGCAGAACUUUCCAAAACUGUAAUCUCAGUAUAAUGUCACAAUUUCAGCCGGAUAUAUUGGAUGAUGGACUGUUUUUGGGCGACAAUUCUGUUCUGUCGCCCAAUUAUCUGUGUGUGAAAAUUCGUUUCGACGAUAAUUCGCAGGAAGGAUGGGAUAAACUUCAGCCAGGAAUGUGGAUUAAAUUCAAGGCAUACAGUCCAAAGGGCCAGCCAGAUUUCAGAAUCAAGGCUUGGUCUCAGAACACUAGCCCUCAUUCAUCGCCUGUCCUUGCUGUCGAGACUUUUACUGGUUAUGUGUUUGAAGCGCGCGGGACGUAUGAGGGAGUGUUGGGUGCAUUGAAAUCGCCAGUCUUCGGUUUCAUCGAAAUACCAAGUGAGAAGCGGGCGCAGAUGAAACCAAAAGCGAAAGGCGUAUCGGUCGUUUGGGUACGAGAAGGUAGAGCAAAUGCGAAAACGCGAUUUGUGUUGCAUUCUGUUGAAAAGCCAUCGCAUGAUGACGAGCAGGAGGCUGCUGGAGGAAAUUUGUUCCGAAAUCCAAUGAACGAACUACUAAAGCACAAGGCAGCAGCAGAG